UUGCCCCAUCUACUGCGAGAAUGAAGACCAUUCUCAGCAAUCAGACGGUCGACAUUCCAGAAAAUGUGGACAUCACUCUGAAGGGGCGCACAGUCAUUGUGAAGGGCCCCAGAGGAACCCUCCGGAGGGACUUCAAUCACAUCAACGUAGAGCUGAGCCUUCUUGGGAAGAAGAAGAAGAGGCUCCGGGUUGACAAAUGGUGGGGCAACAGGAAGGAACUGGCCACCGUCAGAACCAUCUGCAGCCACGUUCAAAACAUGAUCAAGGGUGUUACACUGGGCUUCCGCUACAAGAUGAGGUCUGUGUAUGCUCACUUCCCCAUCAACGUCGUUAUUCAGGAGAAUGGGUCUUUGGUUGAAAUCCGAAAUUUCUUGGGUGAAAAAUACAUCCGCAGGGUUCGGAUGAGGACAGGCGUUGCUUGUUCUGUCUCUCAAGCCCAGAAGGAUGAAUUAAUCCUUGAAGGAAAUGAUAUUGAACUUGUUUCAAACUCGGCGGCUCUGAUACAGCAGGCCACAACAGUUAAGAACAAGGAUAUCAGGAAGUUUUUGGAUGGUAUCUAUGUGUCUGAAAAGGGAACAGUGCAGCAGGCUGAUGAGUAGACAUAAGGUACCAGUCCCAGAAACAAGCUCGGAAUUUUAUUACGAUUUGGGGUGUCUUUUGGGACAAUAAAAGACUUGUAUUGAUUUGGGGUGUCCUUGAUCUUUCUGAUUACUUAGCAAAUGGGUCAACUGUAACUUUUUCUUUCUGGAAACAAGUGGCUUAAAAGAAUAACCCAGACAUUUGGGAAACGGGUGUAGUAAUGAUGACGACGAUGGAUGUUCAGUGGGCAUGGCACUUUGGGAAGAUUCUAGAGGUGUUUGGCUUUGGCCUAGGCAUAAUAUUGACUAUUUGGAUGUGCAGAUGUCUCA